AUGAAUUUGAAUACAGAAUUUAAUUUUUCGUAUUUCAAUUUUGUUUGUUCUCCUUUUCUCUCUCUCUCUCUCUCUCUCUCUCUCUCUCUCUCUCUCUCUCUUCUCAAUUACUCCAUUUUGUUUGUUUUUUGCCUACAUUUCUGCCUUUUCUUUUCCUCUUUCCUUUUACUUUUUCUAACUCUCCUUUUCUCCACCUCUUUCGCUUCCUUCUUUCUCUCUCUGUUUCUCUCUCUAUCUUUCUCUCUAUCUUCCUCUUUCUCUUGUUUAGCUUUUCUCUUUCUUUCUUUGUCUCUUAACCCUCAUCUUUACCAUUUCUUUCAUCCUUCUCUCCUAUUUCUCCUCAGAAACAACAAAUCACCAACCGACACGACAAUCGCUCGAAAUAAAGGUGACUCCACUUCGACUAGAUCUAAUGUCAGUCUCCUUUUCUUUGGCUACAUAGCUAUGGUUGAAUAA